CAAUGGCAAGUUAUAUGUGUUGCUUGUGUUGGUGUGAUCUGUUGUGCUGCUGCUCCUCCUCCCUCCUUCAGUGUUACCUUCAGUGUCCGACGAUGAGCUGCAGUGCAUCUAUGCAUACGAAGCUGGCUAGUGGUCACUGGGUGGAGGCCAUGAGCGAGGAGUGGCUGGCCAAGAUGGAGGAGGAACAGACGCUCUACAACCAUGGUAUGGUCCGCAUCAGGCCUGGAGGCUGGCUCUACCCGACGCUCUUCACCAAAUAUGCUGACACCAUUUACAACUUCAAGUUCACUGAAGGUGACGUACUUGUGAUGGGAAUGCCCAGGUCUGGGACGACCUGGAUGUUGGAGUUAGUGUGGACGAUGCUUCACAACCCCGACCUGGACAACCAGAGGGCCGACCUGCCCAUCUUCAUCAGAGCACCGCAUAUAGACUUUGACAUGAUGCUUGAUAGCAAGACCAUAAGAAGCACUGUUGAGAAUCCUCAGCAGAUCACAGAAAUGUUUCGCCAAAUGUGUCCAGGGAAGAAGGUAGAAGACGGAGUGUUUCUGCAGAUUAGCGAGGCUUUACCUGCUCCUAGAGUGAUGAAGACCCACCUGCCCAGCACCCUCCUAUCGCCUAGCCUUCUUCAAACCACAAAGGUGGUGUACAUUGCUAGAAAUCCCAAGGACGUGGUUGUAUCGCUAUUCUAUCACUUUUGCAAUGUCAGGUUCCACAACUAUACUGGCACCUUCGACAACUUCGUCAAACAUUUCAUAAACAAUGAUUUGUUGUACUGUCCGUACUGGCCGAACUUGAUGAUGGCGUGGGAGAAAAAGGACUACCCCCAUAUGCACUUUGUGUUUUAUGAAGACUUGAAAGCUAAUAUAAAGAAGGAACUUGGAACACUGAAUGAGUUCUUGGGCACCAACCUCUCCCAACAGCAGCUUGAUAAUGUAGCCGAAAACUCUUCUUUCUCCUCGAUGAAAGCUCGAAGUGAAAAUGAUGCUGCAAAUUACCACCAAGGUGCCCAGAAGAGGGAAGGAGACUUCUUCAGGAAAGGUGAAAUUGGAGACUGGAUGAACCACUUUUCGCCAGAGCUCGAGCAAGAGAUGAAUCGGUGGAUCGAGAAGAAGUUUGGAAACCUUAUUUUCAAAUGAUACUCUGGUCUCUGCACAUGGCACCGAAACACCUGGUUUACCGACUUAUGUUUUAAUGGCUGAUAAUUUGUUUACAGGGAAAUGUUGUGUAGUUUGAAGUGAUUUCUAAUGCCUUCAAUAACUUUACUGUACAAAACUCAACCAUUUGUUUAUUAAACAUAAUUUACUGCAAUAGAGCACCUGAACCUUCCUGUUCUCAGAUAAUUCGCUUCAGUAAUACAUAAAUCAUAAUAUUACUAUAGCAUGCAGCUGAGAAUACUUAAUUUGGAUUCAACAGAGCCAGCAUAGCUCUAGAAUAGAGCUUUAAAAUAAGUGUUGGGCAUUGAACUACAUGGCUAUUAAAGUUUUAAACCCUCUCAGAUUAGUUUAAAGUUUAACGAAAUCCGUUUUCCAAUACUCGCUGCCCUGGCCGAGGCCGUGACUCUUGCCCA